AUGACUGUUCCCCGCCGAUUGCGAGCUUCCUACAUCGCCAUGAGCAAACGACCCUUGUCUACCUCCAGUCCAAGGCCCUCCUCAUCUCAAUUCCACCGCUCUGAUUUCACCAGCCAGCCAUUCACCGGUAGCUAUGAGCCGGGCCUACCUACGUCGGGCCCGCUGGGUGGCAACCAUAUAUUUGGAACACCACGUCUGACUCCCAAAAUGCUCAAACAGCAUCUCGAUCAAUUCGUGGUCGGUCAAGAAAGAGCAAAGAAGGUGCUGAGCGUGGCUGUCUUCAACCACUACCAGCGAGUACAAGAGCUACAAAGGAGGGAGGAGGAAGAAGCAGAUCUGCUGGCACAAAGGGAGCGUCGGGAGCGGCAUCCUGUCGAGGAUGAAUUCCCGGGCCAACAACCUACCAUUCGGAUGGGAGGUCCUCCAACAUCAAAUAUGGAUCCUCGCAAGACACUGCUUGUAGAUACCACUCCUCUGACGCUGGAGAAAUCCAAUAUCUUGUUACUAGGCCCUAGUGGGGUAGGCAAGACAUUGAUGGCCAAAACGCUCGCUCGGGUUUUGUCAGUCCCCUUCUCAAUGUCGGACUGUACACCCUUCACACAAGCAGGCUACAUCGGCGAGGACGCCGAAGUCUGCGUCCAUCGCCUCCUCGCCGCCGCCAACUACGAUGUGGAACGCGCCGAAAGAGGGAUCAUUUGUCUCGACGAGAUUGAUAAAAUUGCCACAGCUAAAGUGAGCCAUGGUAAGGAUGUUUCUGGUGAAGGUGUACAGCAAGCACUUCUGAAAAUCAUCGAGGGCACCACAAUCCAGAUCCAAGCCAAACCCGAGAGGAACGCUCCUCGAGCAGGCGGUCAAUCGCCCACGUACCCGAGUAACAGUCCACUAGGCGCAAACUUCUCGUCCGGGUCUUCGGGCGCUCCUGCAGCACCAGUCAAAGGGGAAGUGUAUAAUGUACGCACCGACAACAUCCUGUUCAUCUGCAGCGGUGCCUUUGUUGGGCUCCAGAAACACGUCAUGGACCGGCUUACCAAGGGCAGCAUCGGUUUUGGCGCGACUGUCAGGUCGAGCUCCAACCAGCAAUUCUACGGCCGCGAUUCCAAAUCGACAACGAACACCCCUGUCCCCAUACUCCCCGGCUCACAGGAAGAAGCGCUCUACAAAAAGCACCUACCAUUCUUCACGCCCACGCACGCCCCCGAACAGAAUGCCGCAGACGGCUCAGCCGCUGAGCCGAAUUACUUCAAUCCCUUGGACCUGGUGACUCCAUCCGACCUCCAGUCCUACGGCUUCAUCCCCGAGCUAAUCGGGCGCAUCCCGACAACAACAGCCCUCGCAGCGCUCACGCACCCUCUCCUCCUCCGCAUCCUAACCGAACCGCGCAACUCGCUGGUCGCACAGUACGUGACGUUGUUCUCCCUCUCCGGGAUCGAGCUUCGCUUCACCACGCCCGCAUUCCACGUGAUCGCUACCAACGCGCUAACAAUGGGGACCGGCGCGCGCGCGCUCCGCACCGAAAUGGAGACUAUCUUGGGAGACGCCAUGUUCGAAGCCCCGGGCAGCAGCGUCAAGUACGUGCUGGUGACGGAGAAAGUCGCCAAGCGAGAGGAAGGCGCGAUCUAUUUUGGAAGAGGUCAAGGAGGGAAAUUCCACGCCUUGAUUGCGCAGGAAGAGGGAGACUGGGAGGAUAAACAGAAGAAGAAAGAGGCGGAGCAGGGCGGACAGCAUGGUUCCUCCAUCUCGGGGAGUUUUGAAGAUUGGAGGACUAAAACUACCGUCGCUGCUGGUAGUGGUGGAUGA